AUCACACUGAUGGAUGCCACCAUGGAGCCGAAAACAUAAGUUGAGCGCUCGCACGGACUCUGCCACUUGUACUUUACAGAAGAUAAUCACUGGUGGGGAUGAGGAACUGAAGUCUUUUAGAGUGAUUUGUGCCAACAAUGUCGAAACCAAUGGAUCACGUAAAACGCCCGAUGAACGCUUUCAUGGUCUGGUCCAGAGCCCAGCGCAGGAAAAUGGCUCAGGAGAACCCGAAAAUGCACAACUCCGAGAUCAGCAAGAGAUUAGGAGCGGAGUGGAAACUUCUCACCGAGUCUGAGAAGAGGCCAUUCAUCGACGAAGCCAAGCGACUGCGGGCGAUGCACAUGAAGGAGCACCCAGACUACAAAUACAGACCGAGGCGGAAGCCCAAGACUCUGAUGAAGAAAGAUAAGUUCUCCUUCCCGGUGCCCUACAACCUCGGGGAGCACGACGCGCUCAAAGUGAGCGGGCUCUCCGGAGCGCUCUCCGAGUCCGUCCUCGGGAACCCCGACAAGGCGGCGGCGGCUGCGGCGGCCGCGGCGGCGAGGGUGUUCUUCAACCCGUCCAUGUCCACGAACCCCUACUCCUUUUUCGACCUGGGAUCCAAGAUGACCGAGCUCUCCCCACCUUCGUUUCCGUACGCGUCUCCGCUGGGCUACCCGCCGGCGGGCGCCACGGCUUUCACCGGGACUGGCGGCGUCGGUGGCGGGACGCACACCCACACUCACUCACACCCGUCCCCGGGAAACCCAGGCUACAUGAUCCCUUGUAACUGUACGGGCUGGCCCUCAGCAGGACUCCAGCCGCCCUUAGCAUACAUCCUGCUGCCCGGGAUGGGAAAGCCUCAGCUCGAACCGUACCCUGCGUACGCUGCGGCGUUAUGAUAAGGCCCCACUGUGGACUGGACUCCUGCUGAGAAACACAGAAAUGUGACCAAAAAAACAACAACAAAAAACAACAAAAAAACAAAAAAACGAACAGAACAAAAACAAAAAAAAGCUAUUCAUGCAAGAGUUUUAUUAUGCAUGCAAAAAAACUUGUACAUGUGAUGAAGUGCUCGUCGUCUCAGAUAUCACAUGUGUAUGUAUAUUGAUUAAUGCCUUUAUCUAAGGUAAUGCUUAUUUAGAGAACUCUCUAAUCUAUUAUGACUCAGCCAUCGGCCCCUGGCAGCCCAGGUUGGAGUGGGUGGGUGGGUGGGGGGGGGGGGGUGAGGAUGAGGAUGAUGAGGAGGACUGGAAGGAUGGCACACAUUUGAGAGGAGAUGUUUUUUGACAGGUACACACUUGCUUCGAUUUCUAUUUUUUUUUUUUUUUUUUUGCACCUGCUCAACUCACCUGUUGGAAUCACCGGCAGAGGCCACAUUAAUCACUGGAUCACAACGCUUUUUUAUUUUUUAUUUUUUAUUUUUACGUCUCAGAUGGGGCUGCUGCAGGGGCUGAUGGGCUGUAGUAAUCCACGGAUCAAGGAGGAUUGUCACAACAUUUCUUCCCCCCCCCCCCUCUCUCUUCCACCUGCUCUUUGAGUGACUGUAAAUGUGUACAGAUAAAAAUGACUCUAGUUUAUUUGCCGUUAUAGGCUUAGUGUUUGAGAUAGCCCCCCCACCCCCACCCCAGGAACAACCUGCGUAUUUCACUAGAAAUCCGGUGUAUAUUUUGAGUUUUUAAAAAACCGUUUUAUAGAUGUCUGUAAUAUUUAUUGUUUUGUGGAUUCUAUGGUGACCUCCCCUCACAUCCCAUCCCUCACUCCCUCCCUCCCCCCCCUCCCGUUCCUCCCCCAGGACGAUUUUUUUUUUCUUUUGAAAAGGACAACACUUGAAAUGUAGAGGAUGUAAUUUAUUUUAAAGGUGACAUUCAGUUUUGUUUUGUUUUUUUUUACCCUCCAAGCAGUAAAAAAAAAAAAAAAGAAGAAGAAAAAAAAGAAGUAAAAGCUCCAAUUUAAAUGCAGAUGGAAGUUUAUUGAAGGAAUUUCCUGAUCUCCCCUCCACCUCACCUCACCUCACCCUCCUCCUCCCACUUCUCUUCUCCUAUCAUGGGCAGCAGAGAGAGAAAAAAAACAAACCUUUUUAAACUAACUCUUAUGGAAUUUGUAUGUUCUAUUUUUUUGUGUUUUUUCUUUAACCUCCGUUCUGUACUUCAAAAAAAAAAAAAAAAACCUAUUGCUACUGUUCACCUGUUGAGCAAAAAAAGGACUACAAUAAAGCGUAUUCGGAUUAAAACGGAAAAAAAGGGAAUCGCGGCCUGUGCUUCUUGAUGAGAUGAACAAGAUUGUUAUCUUUUCUUCUUUUUUUUUUCUUCUUCUUCUUCUUUUUCUCCCCCUGCUUCUGCUCCUCCAGUCCAGGUGAAGUGUAAGGUAUCCUCUAAAGGCCGCUUUUGUCCCGCGCUUUUGAAUGGCAUUACUGAAUGAGGGAGGGGAGGAGGUGGUGUGUGUGUGUGUG